UUCCUCUGCUCAGCUGUCGGUGACCUGAAUUGAGGCUUAUCUUUUAAGCAAACAUUUGUGUAGCUGCCAUUUUAAUAAACUCAGUCAGUUUCAUAAGAAAUGAAGAUGUCCUCAAAGCUACACGGCUAUUCACAUGCGAUUAUCAUUAUCGACUUCAUGGAUAUCGAGAAUUGAACAUGGGGAAUGAGAUGGGAAACAACAACACAUCUUCUCUCAAAGAAGUUGAGGAGGAGAGCGUGAAGGUCGAUGCUCCGAAUGGAUCCUUACACGAGACUGUCAAGGAAAAUGAUGUGAAAGGAGAUCAUCUGAUUGCAGAAGAUGACAGCAAGGACUCCCAUGAAAAAGCUGAAGACUUGGCUUUCCAUUGUGAAAUUGCAGGAGAUAAUCAUGUUGACCAAUCAAUAUCAGACCCUCGAGUUCUUCUUUCUCAAGCCACACAUGAAGUAACUGAAGGAGAUGAAUAUGUAGAAGACCAGUCAGAACUUUUGUUGGUGAAUCCGGAGGAUAUGGAGCCUUCAAUGGAAUCAGAUGUGGGCGACUGUGACAAAAGCGACAGUCAGCUAAAUAUUGAGGCAGCUAAUAUAGAAGUUGAAAACGGAGAAACAAAUUCCAGUCUUACUGUAUUGGGUGAUUCGGAAACUCAAACAUCUCAGGGAGUUAAAACCGAUCCACUUGGAUUAGAUAAGGUCGAUGUUAGCGUGUUGGCGUCAGAUGCGUGUGGAUUGGAAGUAUCAAGAGAGGAUUUUCUAGGAUCACCUUCAACAUUCCUUGCUGAGGGCAAUGAUCCAAUACUAGAGACCGAAACACCAAGCAGCAAGAAUGUUACUUCCCUCUCCAGUGCUGACAUUGAAUUUACACAUUUAAAAUUGGAACAAGAACAAGUGGAAGGUGAUAAAGAAUCCAAUGUUGAGCUGUUGAUGAUGAACAAUGAAAAUCGAUUGGAAGACAGAACGGCAUCAAACUUUCUGAAUUUUGGCCAUGAAGAAAAACUCAAUGAGGCGACCACAGUAGGUGGUUCCACAUUGCAAUCUGAAGAUUCUGUGGCAGAUCACUCCCCAUACUCUCCUCCAGAAGUUUCGAAACUUGAGGACCAAAGUGGUUUUGCCAUGGAAGAAAUUGAGUUCACAAGCAGUAGAGUCGUGAAUGAAAAUAGCAUCAAGUGUGAUGAUGGCCCGGUUGGGCAUUCUGAUGAACUGUGCAACGUUCAACCUGAAAUGGCCGAGGCAAAGGAUGUAUCCGAAAUGGUUGUUGGACUUGAAACCAUAACUGAUGAUGUGGGAAACACAGUUGAAGUGCCUUUGGAUUGCCCAAGUGACAAGGAAUGUAAAGUCAAGGUGACCGAUGUCACAGAAAACAGUUUUCGGGAUGAGAUAUGUGCUGAGGCAUCCGAGGACUUUCUUGAGUACAUAGAAGGAGAAGACUGUUCCAUGCCAAUUUCAAUAGAGCCAGAAGCUGGAGAUACCAAUCAUGACGAGAAAGAACCUACUGAAAAGGAAAUGAUAGAAGACAAACAUGUGGAAACAGAGCUUUCACAGGCCAUUGCAGAUGAUACAAGCAGAAAAGAUAUCAUAGAACAAUUCAUCCCAGUACAUUCUCCACAUAUCUGUGAUUCUUUCUCAUCCUUUGACUACCCUGUAAUGAUCACGCAUCCUGUAUCAGACAAAAAAGCUUCAGGGGAUCAAUGCAACAGUGAAUCACGACAGUGCCAAGUGCCUGUGACUCCUGGUGGCGAUACCAAACUGGAGAUAAUUUCGAGUAGCCUAAGCACAGGAUUGAAGUCUUAUAAUGACACAAACAUCCAUCCUCAGCUGCAGAAAUUUCCUAGCUUCGAUUUCGAUCUCCUUAUUGGGUCGAGAAGCGAAGAGUCAGAUCAGACGCCGCUGCUCUUCCCUGAUAGAAGCACAUUCAGGAGUAUGUCGGUGAAAGGUCGUUGUGAUCGAGCCGAGCGAGUGGAGUGUUUGGAAGAGAAGACUGUUAGGAUGGACAGAAGGGACUCCGAGAAAUCGACAACCCCGUUUCUAGGCUUGUCAAAGAAAGAACAAGAAGAUGAUGAAACGCAAGAAGCCUAUGUUGUUGCCACUUCACAGAAACAAGUGGUCAAUGAAGCUGACACUAAGGCAAGCAAGGCGAUGUGGGUGGUUCCUACAGAAGAAGUUGCAUCAACCUCUCCAAAAGGUAAAGAGAAGAGGAAGUUCAGGCCCUCCCUCUUUGGCAACUGCAUGUGCUGUGCUACUGUCAUCAACUGAAGAUUCAUCCACCAUUGAAGAAAAAGCAAGCUUUUUGGGGAUUUCCAUUACUUGAUUGUUUUUACUUUGUUUUGGAGGGUUUUUUCUUUUCAGUUUACUGAGAAACAGUAAAAUCAGAUAUGAGGAUUGAUGAAGAGAGGGUGGUCAAGUUCGUUGGUUGGUCAGUAUUUGGGAUAAACCAAUCGAGAGUGAGUGUUGCAACCAUGGCUAGUUGCAGGUUUCU